AUGGGGCCGCCGUCAAAGCCGCAGCCUACGCCGCAGCCGCCGAUGACCACGUCGAUCUGCACCGUGGAGGCGUCGCAGGGCACGCACCUGUUCCACAUCGCGGGCUACAGCCUCCACGAGCGCCUGGGCCCCGGGAGUUUCGUCCGCUCCGCGCCCUUCUCCGUCGGCGGCUACGACUGGGCCGUCCGCUUCUUCCCCGACGGGGGCGAGGGCGGCGCGCUGGUGCUGCUCCUUGAGCGGCUGACCAAGGACGUCGUGGCGAAGGCGUCGUGCCACUUCAGGUUCCUCAACCAGGCCACCGGGAAGGCGUCCCCCAAGUGGCAGGUGUGCUCUAUGAAUUACAAAGCUAGAUCUGUGAAUAAGCGCGCGAAAGUCAGCACUUUCAGGUGGAAUCUGUUAAUGUAUGCCCAAGAUGAUGGCCUCACCAUCGAGUGCGCGGUCACUGUCGUCAAAGAACCAAAGGUGUCUGAAACCAAGAAUGUCCCUGUGUUCAAGGAGCCGCCUUCGGACCUAUCGUUGCAUCUUGGCAGUUUGUUUUUAGAGGAUGACACAUCUGAUGUGACUUUCAAGGUUCAGGGAGAGGUUAUUUGUGCCCACAAGAUCGUGCUCGCUAUGCGGUCACCGGUGUUCAAGGCAAAAUUCUAUGGGCCUGAGAUGGAGGAGAAUUUGGGUUGCAUUGCUGUUGAGGAUGUGCGGCCUGCUGUUUUUAAAGCCAUGCUCCAUUUCAUCUACACUGACUCGUUGCCUGAUAUGGAUGCUUUUGGCGAUGUUGAUAGGCAAGAAAUGAUUCGGCAUUUGCUGGUGGCUGCAGAUCAGUAUGAAAUGAAGAGGCUGAAGUUGAUGUGUAAAGACAGCCUCUGCAACAGCCUUAGCGUGGAUUCUGUUGCCACUACCUUGGCAUUUGCUGAGCAGCACAACUUAUGCAUCCUAAAAGAUGCUUGCAUUGAGUUUAUUGCCUUCUCAAAUAAGAUUGAUGAUGUGGUGGCAAGCCAAGGCUAUGCUCACCUAAAAAGAUCGUGCCCUUCAGUUUUGCUGGAGGUAUUGGAGAAGUCAAGCAAGUUUCCCCGGGUCUAG